UUGGAUUUUAGAUUUGAAACAUUAUUCAGGUUUUUUCUAUAAGAAGGGUAUUACCGCUUCGAACAUAGCAAUGUAUCAACAACCAACUGCACCUCCAGCAUAUGCCCCACAGCCACAAAUUGCAAUGCCUAUGGCUCAGCCUGCACCAGUAAUGUACUGCCCACCACCGGUAGUACAACAGGCUCCACCACAACAACAGCAACAACAGAGUACAACCGUGGUUUUGAAUCAACCAGGUCAAAAUAAUAACAAUGAUGACGUUAUUGGCAGUCCUACAUUCAGAGAAUCAUCUGUGCGAUGCAAGUGCAAUAACUGCAGGAAAACUGUAUUUACGACAGUAGAAGCAGAGGUGGGAGUUUUCACCUGGCUGAUGUGUACCCUUCUGUUCAUAUGUGGUUGCUCUACAUGCUUUCUAUGCUUACUACCUUUUUGUCUCGACCGAUGCAAAAACAUUCGACAUACUUGUCCAAAUUGUCAAACUACCGUUGGCGUCUUCAAAAGAAUCUAGAAUUGAUUUUGAACUUAAGUAUGACAAGACCUAGAAAUUAAUUUGUAUAUUUCGUGUGAGACUAAUUAACAAAUGCGCUAUUAGCAAUGUAGCAAUUGCUACUCGAAACAUUUCGUAUCGAACAUUUUGGAAUAUAUCGGUCACACGUCGCACCCUCAUGUUUCCAACCAUUCUUCAAGUGACAAUGUGCUUCAAAUUUAUAUGGGUUUAAAAAUCAUUAUUCUAGUUUUCUAGCGUAGCAGAAAGUGAAACGUUUGUGAUUUACAAUAAAGCAUUAUUUAUUAUAUUUUCCGAAUUGCCCUAAAA